AUGCCAGGCUCCUUCAACGCCUUUGGGAUUGUCUGGUCGGUUGUCUUUUUACUCUUUUUUGUGGUACCAGCAAUCUUUCGAUGGAUUCGUCGACGAACUGAGAUACAAGAUCGACGUCGACGGGCUGCUGUCAGGUCGAUACAACAAAUAAACAGUCAUGAUGAACAAGGGAAUAAUUUCCGGUGGGUCAUGCCCUUGGGUGCUUCUCGUUUCAUGUCGUCUAAUCAACAGCAACAGCAACAGCAACAGCAACAAAUGAGCUUUGCCGAACAAAGUCGGCGGCGAAAAGAGUUUAUUCGAGAGACAUUGGUAUUGAGAAAAGUCAUCGUGGAGGAUUCUUCUUAUUCACAACCACAACAACAGAAGAGUGACCUCAUCUUGCAGAAUUCCUCUGUGACUAUGACUCCUCCUCAAACGGACAGUGAACUUUCGGAAAUGGAAAGCAAUGCUACUUCCAACUCCAACUUUUCAGCAGAAGACAAUAAUGAUGACACUCCUCCUCCCCGACUCUCUAUCACUCCACCAGUAGAUGAUUUGAAUGGUGACGCCGCCCCGUUCCAAGAGGAUGAUGAAGACACCAGGCCUGCUUGUACGAUUUGUUUCAAUGAAUACAAGCCUGGUGACGAGAUUUGUUGGUCCAAUCAUCCGCAGUGCAAUCACAUGUUCCAUAAAGACUGCAUAGAAGAAUGGCUACUCCGGCAUGAUGAAUGUCCAUGUUGUCGACUGAAUUACAUGUUGCCAAAAGAAGUUGGCAGUGAAAUGAACAGCAGUGAAAUGGAAGAAAUGGGGAACCCAUCUUCCUCGAAUCAUCGUCAUCAUCAUCAUCAUCAUCAUCGUUCCACAACAAGGCAACAACAACAACAACAACAACAGCGCCAAAGAGUCCCUCCACUAUCCAGUGACCAGAAUGCAGCCUUGGCGAAUGGGAGCAUCUUUACGUCCGAUGAAGAAUCCUUUGUCAACAUGCUGGCGACCAUUGAACAGUUGUAUCGACAGGCACAAGUUCGACUCUAUUAUGACGGUACGACGCCAGGGAAUAAUACGGACAGAGGAACUGGGACGGGACCACGCAUCGUUAGCCUGCCCAUGCCGUCUGUACAUUCGCUGCAGCAGCAGCACCAACAGCAACAAGGACAAGGGAGGAAUGAUGAUACGCCCCAAAUCAUCAAUGAAACCUCGGAAGUGAAUGAAACCUCGGAUGUAGAAAUGGGCACGCUGACACCAGCAAACGAAGAAGGAGUGGAUAUCCAAACGACAACAACAACGGAAGAAGCAAGAAUCCCCGAAGAAAAUUCAGCGAAUGUUUGA